AUGGUAUUCGGCAGUGGGGGAAGGGCUAUUGCCAGUUCAUGGAUGGCACCCAAGCGGACGCAGGUGGGUGGUGCGUGCUGGUGGCGGCAAUUUCCCAUGCACGAAGACGUUUUAGGAACUCUGCCAACUCUGCCUGUGGGAGUUCUCGCCAGCCACAUCGGGGGCAGGUGGAUAUGGUCGGGGCCGGAGGUCCUGAUGGCGCCGGGUGCUGUGUCCGGGAUGGGGAAGCAGCUCGCCAUACUGUACGAUCCGAUCUUGAUCACAGCAUCCCUUACCCACUGGGCCCACAACGCUCCAACGGGAAGAAGCGGGGCAGAUGUAUGGUCCGUGCUUUUGUGGUGA